UCCAGACCGAUCAGUUGAGAAUUUUUCGUCCUCAUGGCAUGAUGGUAUAUCACUUUGUGCCUUACUGGAAUCUGUGUUACCCAGCUCCUGUCCAGGUUACAAAAACUUAAAAACACACAAUAGAGUUAACAACUGUCGACUUGGAAUUAGACUGGCACAGCAAUAUCUAAAGAUUCCCCAGGAUAUGGUUACACCAGAAGAAAUGGCCAUUGCAAACAAACGUACAGAACGUAAAAUCUUUAAUUUCAUUUCUACUAUAAAGUGGGCAUCUGAAAAGAAAUCGAAAAAUGAAAUCGAGAUAACUGGAUCCAGUUCAAUUAGUAAACCAGUUGCCUGCUGUACGGUUCAGGGUUCAGGGUUAAAGGCAGGAGUAGUUGGUCGUAAGACCAAGUUUACUGUUACCAUCUCCAAUGUCUUUGGUAUGUUCGACAUGUAUUUACAACUGAAAGGUCCCAGAAAUGAAGUAUACAGUGAAAAAAUUGUAAGUCUGCAUCAAUCCAGCGAAACUAUUCUAAACAAUAAAAAUAAAGUCGUUAAACGUUUGAAUCCGGACCAAAAAAUACCUGCUGGUGAUACAAAGGUUUUAGCCUACUUAGAGGACAGCCAUGGCAACACUUAUGUUAGAUGGAAGAAUGUAACACAAUACGGUGGCCAUGCUGUAUAUAACGCAUUCGAUUUCAAUUGCACGUGCAGUAGUGAGGGUUGUUUUGCAAUGUCUUUUACACCUGUGUCAGCAGGUAUUCACACUUUGUCACUUCGUUGGCAAGACAAACACGUGGAUGGAUCUCCAUUCAAAAUAAAAGUUUAUAAACUUAGUGACGUCAAUAGACGCGGAAUAUCAGAGUCAACCGGUAAACGUCUUUUAUUAGAUUCACUCUCAAUGUCUUUUGAUGGAAAUAACUUAAAGGAACACAACUCUACUCCAGAUAAAAGAAAAAUACAAAAUGACAGUAAAAAAAAUUCAGAAACAGUCUCUGCAUCUCCACAACGUAUCCGUAAACAAUAUACUAUAACAAAACGUAGGAUUUUAAAGAAAGUCAUAGCACGAAAUGGAGAAGAAAUUAUCAUCACUGAAAGUCAAACCCCACCCCUUUCUCGCCAAAGUAGUCUAACCGAUGUCUCUGAUUAUACAGAUGAAGACGGAAGUUCAUAUCACAGAACUGCCCAUUCUUCUAGGUCAUCUAGUCCUGCUUUGCUACGAGCAGCGAAGGAUAUAUCUAGUCUGAGACGUCAAAGGUCAAGGUCGUCUAGUCCGAACGUGGAGAAACGAAAAAUGAAUCUAGAACCAACGAUGGCAAGAAUUACGGAGAAAUCCGCAUAUAACGAUGUUCCUCGGACUGAAUCUUCAUUUACUUUGAGUUCUGUAACUACUUCAGAUCAGGAAAGUAAUUCAAACGAAAGUGACGUCAAGAGACCAGUUUCAGGAUUUGGCAAUAAAAUAAGCCAGAAAUUUCUUGAUUGCUGUCUUCAAAGCAUGGCUAAGCGGGAAUAUGGAAUUACACGCCAAAAUUCAGAUAGCGCUAUUCCAAAGUUAGGGAAUACAGAAAACAAACUACCAGGGAAAGAUAAAAGACUUUCAAAUAUAGUUGUACUUAAUCGUUCGUUAUCAGAAUCAAGUCUAGACAAAGACAAAGUACUGAAAAAACUGUUUGUGUGUGCGCAUGGUGAUAUAAUGUCACGUAAUCCAGAAUCACAAGACCAUGAUAAUGGUAGUCCGAAAGCUUCCCCUAAUCUUAAAAUGUUACAGUCUAGUAGUUUACGGAAAGCAUGUUUCUACAUAAGUGGAAAAGCAAUCACCACAUCACAAAGCUUGGCCUCUUGUGGUAGCAUAUCGGAUUCGAUGUCAGGGUCUCGACAAGAAUCAACGACUGAAGUAAACUUACCGCCAAGUUUUAUGCGGAAUGUAGGAUCUAAAUGUUUACUUAUGAAAGAUGAAGAUCAUGGAUUACAUCAUACUGAUAAAUGUAAAAAUGAGAACUCAAAUUCACAAACUGAAAUCAAAGAAACGACGAAUCUGACCCAUUUUAACGAAGACGGAACAUUGAACAGCGACCGCGAUUACCAAACAAAAUGUUCAAAUAUUCAUAUCUUUCCUAAAGAUUUAACAGAAAAAAAGAAUAAAGAUUUGAAACCUCUAAAGAAAUUAAACAUAAAAGAAGCCUCAGAAAAAUUUGAUGUUGAAAGCUGGCUUCAAAGUUCACCACUUAUUGAGCCCGACAAAUCUGAAAUGUAUGAUGACGAACUAAGUUCCACCAAGCAACCGCAUGCGUCCUCCUGCAUGGUUUCAAAUUCGAUGUAUUCGUUUCCGCUCUCACAUACUAAUGAUCCCGAUAAACAGAUUACAGAAUAUUCUGUUAAAGCUGUGCCAAUGAUGGUCGAAUCUUCAGGUGAAUUUACAACUCCACGUUAUACAACAGAAAAGGUUAUAGCACGACGAACAAGGAGUAAUGACAUAGAUAUGAAGGAAAAGGUUUAUUUUCGGAGAACAUUUAGCAGUGACUCAAAACGAGGAAACUUACAUAAACAGGCUUCUGUGUUCCCAGAUGCAGACAAUGACCCUUCGUUAGACGAUGUAAGUAGCUUCUUAUCAAAUGAUUGUCACAGUAUAACUUUAUCCACAUCGAACAAUCUUCUUGAAGAUGAAAUAGAAGGUACAAAUAUUAGAAAAAAUAAUUCAUCAACAAACUAUUUAUGUAGUACAAACAAUAGCAUUGAAAUAGAAAAUACUGACAUGCGGAACGAUCAUUCAUCAGUAUUUCGGACUAUCUCUAAUGAGACCAAACAAGUCAAGCCAUUUGAGACUCGAGUUGCUAUAGUAGUUCCAAGGGUUAAAUGUGACAAGGGUACAGUUGUAUACGCCAAGGAUAUCGUAGAGGAAACAAAAUGGGAUUCCGCCUUUGAUUACUGUAACAUAUUUCGCCGUAGAACGUGUAUGAAAAUGGCAGAGACGAACGAACUUAAUAACAAUAAUGAUGAAUUGAUACCAUGCAUCACGAAUAGAGGGCGGAGUUUAUCUGUAUUUGAUUCGCGCAGCAGAGACAAGAAUGUACAUGCAUGGAUAGAAAAGCAUCCUCAACUCCGAGUUAAUAAUGCUCCGAUUCGUCAAUCUACUACGGAAACAACCGACAGUGGCGUUGAUGACGAUAACGGCAUAUUGUCAGGACGACGCGCGUCUCUGUACAGCAACUUCCGGUUUACUGGGGAUAAUCAACAUCAAAUUCUUUGCAGACGUCCAUAUAAAGGAAAGAUUCCCCUGGAUCCGAAACUGACUAAAAGUAGUAGUAAGCCAAAUGUAUAUGAUCUAGAGACAACAGAUAAGUUUGAAAAUUCUCAAGACGAAGAACAGCAAUCACAUGCAAAUCCAGAAAUGCAAGAACAUUUGAUUUCAGAUCGACAAUGUUUUAAUGAGAACGCAACGCGACAUGACAUAGAAAAGAAUGACAUCAUUGAUGAUGCAAAGCUACACUCAAAAUCAAAUGAGAACGGUUCUCACAAUAACUUUGUCGAUGCAAUCGAUAAGGCUGCAUAUGAUGAUAAAGAUAUAAACAACGUAACUUGUUCACGCAAUGAUGAAAUAAAUUUAGAAGACACAACGCAACGUACACACACGGAAUAUCUUAUAAAUAUCAACUCAAAUGUGGCAUUAUGUAAAAACGCAUUACAAAAGAAAUCCACAUCUUCUUCUAUCAGUAUUGACGAGUCUUAUUAUGGAUUUGGCGUUACAAAAGACAAUAGGACCAAUUUACUUUCUCAUUUGAACGACUUCCAAAAUUUAGAUUUGAAAUCCACUCAAACACACCGAAAAGGACGUGACAUCGAUGUUAUGUAUAAAAUCAAAAUGGCAGAUGAGGUAUUUACUAAUGACUCUUGUAGGUCCUUCUCUCCGAAAAGUGAACACUCCAGUCGCAGUCAACGUAUAUCUUCUUCUGAAGAUUUUUCGGAAAUCAGUAAUAAUAGUUUGUCUAAGGACAUUUCGAAAAGAUAUACAAGCACAUUGGAUCAUCCACUUUUCCUUCAAAUUAAUGACGUUAUUGUAAUGGAACGCAGCACGAUACCCCCCUUUGCACACGAUGAAAUGUUUUGCAGCGACGGCGAGAACGAGGCAUUUUCAUCUUCUGUUUCGACUGAAGAAGAUGAUGAUUUUGUGUGCAAGGCGGAUGGCAUUGGAUUAGUUGAGGGUCAUGUCGGAAUGAAAAAUAAUUUUCAGGUCUGGACAAAUGCUUUAGAUAAUGGUUCCCUGUCUGUUAACAUCUAUGGUCCGAGGUCACACAGUGUAGUAGAAACCUGUGUAGUUUAUACGGGAGAUAACCUAUAUGAAGUCAUAUAUGAGGUUAGACAUCCGGGCAUUUACAUCAUCUGCGUCAAAUGGUCGGAUGAAAAUGUACAAAAUAGUCCAUUCACAUGUAGGAUUACAUAUUGACAUCGGUGUAUAAGUUAGUUAUAUGUUGAUGGCAAUGUUUCGUUAUAUUAUCCACCACACUAAUUUACUAUGAUGGAGCGGGAGGGAGGCAAUAGGGGGUCCGUUAACAUGUUAACAACACCUCGAUUUUGGCAAAAACAGUUAACAAAAAAUGCAAAAAUGAUGAUAACAGUUAACAAAGUGGGUUGAAAACAGUUAACAGCUUAAAUUAAUCUCAAUUAACAUUUAACAACACCUUUAAACGGCCAAUAACAUGUUAACACAGAAAGGUAUUGCCCCCUCUAUGAUGUAUUUACUUGUGCAAGUUUAUUAUAGAUUAACUUUGCUAAUAUGCCAGAAGUUUGAAAUGUUAGCCGUCAAAGGCAAAGGAUCUGGAUCUGAGUAAUGUAACAUAUAAUUGUUGGCUGGAAUCUUUGCAUAACAUACACAUUGUUUAGCUACAUAGUUCAUAGUUCAAAUAUCUGCAUACUAUUCUGAAUUGAGUUAUUAUCAUUAAUUCAUUUUGAAAAUGAGGAAUAAUUUUUAAAUUUAACGAUAAACGAUACAUGGAUGCUCGAGCAUGGAGUCGCUCAAUGCUCGAUUUUGAAAGGCAAAGGAUAGGAACGCCAAUUGUGUUUUAUGUAUUGAGAAGCGAUCCUACUUCAGAAUUUCUUUUUUGCACAGGCAUAUUAAGACUUUCAGCGACAAUCAAAACGACUGUAUUUCUUAAAACUUUUUUUCUAAAAUUUUAUGUUAAUUCUUGUUGCAUAUAUAUGAAUUUUUAUUCGUAUCACAAGGAAGCAUUUAAGGAUCAUAACGCGCGCAACUAAAAUGUACACACUAUUGACAUCUAGAUAUUAAAUAUGACGUUGUUUUAUCGACGUAUCUACAUAUUCAUUCAUCAUAAUGUCCUUCAUCUAGAUGUGUAUUACAGCUCAUGAUGAGCAACUGAUUAGUUUUAGGGUACCGAAAUUACAUGUGGAAAUCGCUUGGUACGUUAUCCAUGAAACGCUCAUUUUUGUUGACUCAUCAUGUCUCGCUCCUUUUAGGGUUCGGUCAAGGGGCUUUCAGUAUUUGUUUUAUUAUUUACUUGAUUUGUCUCUUCUUUAUUGAAUUACUAGAUUGGAACAUUUGUCAUGUUUGUUACCUUUGGUGGUAUUAAUUUGAAGUGUAGAGAAAUCUAUCUACUUUUAGACUUCUACUGUGAUGAAUCGCCUCAAUAUUUUUUGUAGUGGCAACAUGAAUUUGUUUUAAAUACAAUGUGUAAAUUUCUCUUGUUGUACACGCCAUUCUUUUCUAUUGCAAUAUUAAACUUGGAUAACUGAAAUUUAAAGGCAUACAUCAAUGUAUACAGAUAAGUUGAUACAAACUCACUGUGAUAAUGUUUUGUGUGCAUUUAUAUUACUGCAAAUGUGAUGAAAUACUGUAACCAGACUCAUUCCGCAGAUACUUUGAUUUAUUUUUAACCCUUUUUAGCCGACCUUGAUGCAAAUUGAUUUUUGUUUGUUUUUCACCUUUUAUAUAUAUUCAUAUUCGAAUGUCCGAAGUUGGAGAUUCAUUAAAGUAAUUGCCUUGUUUUCUCUAGCAAAAAUUCGCAGGUGAUGUUGUGCUAAUUAGAUAUAAUUCUUAUCGUGAUGAUUCAGUAGCAUUCAUAAAACAUAGCAUUACAUGUGUCUGAUUUUGUUGUAUGGUAUGACAUAUUUAUUUGUUUUGUUAUUGUUUUUG